AUGGUUGUUACUAUAUGUGAAGUAGUGUCGGAGAAUCGGGACGACAAAAAGCCAGAUGUUCGUAAUCCAAUUUACCUGGACAUCAAUUGUACAAAACUAGAUUAUGAUGUUACAACAUUGAGAGCACGUCAACAAACACAAAAACAUACAUUAGCCACUGUAAUCGCAACAACAAUAACUUCAACUGCUUUUUCCUUACCUUCUAAUCGUCAUAGUACAGGCAGUGAAGAUUCAGUAAAUACAGGUUCACAACAAAGUUCAUUAAGAGCAGCAAUAACACGUUUAACUCCUAUGCCAGAUCGUCUUCGAGUUAGAACAAAUGGUAAUGCUGCUGCUUCUUCAUCGUCAUCAUUAUCCCAGUCUGCCGUUGCUUCAAGACUAAGUAAAUCAAAAACCAGAGUUUCUGUUGCUAAAAAACGUGGUCGUAUAUCAGAAAAUGAAGAGAAUGAUGAAAAUAAGGAUGAUACAUCUGUCUUGCAUGAGUAA